UAUGAAUCAGCCUUAAUUUUAGGCACUCCCUUCAUAUGAGAAUUUGGAUAUGAUAAGGAAGACCUUUCCUCCAUUGGAACAUAUAAAUUUUGAUCAUGAAUUUAAGAAUAUGGAAAAAAGCAAAUAUUUCAUCAUUCGUACUUAAGGAGAAGAUAAUGUACAUAGAGCUAUGAAAUAUGGCAUAUGGACUAGGUAGUAUUUAAUAUUAAGUGUCAGCUCUUCUCGAAAGAAUGAACGUUUGAAUGAAGCAUUUUCAUAGGGAGAUGUUUAUCUCUUUUUUACUGAAAUAAAUAGUCUUUGUUUUAGUGGGAUGGCCAAAUUGACAUCAGGAUUCGAUCCUAAAUAGCAUUUUAAAUAUUGGUUAAUUGAAAACAAAUGGUUUGGUUUAUUCUAAAUUAAAUGGGUAUAAACCUUAGCUUAAUGUAGCUAUAUGUAAAGGAUCUUCCUUUUAAGUUAUUUGAAAAUAUUAAACAGAUCCAAAAAUUUGAAGGAAGUGACGAAACAAUCAAAUCAGUUUAUGAUUUGAUUGAUUGCACUGAGUUAACUUUGGAAAACGGAAUCAAAAUGGUAGAGAUAUUCAAAAAAGAGGAAUCAAAGAAGAGUUUAUUUGAAGAUUUUUCCUAAUUGGAUAAGUUAGAAGUAAGUUUUAUAAAUAUUUAGAAUCAAAGUAGAUAAUAAAGAGAUACAAAUCCAAACUUUGAAAAGAAGUUUCAAGAAUUAAGAUCAGUUUUUGAAACAAUUCCUUAUUCUUUUUCAGCUGCAUCUUAUGAGAGAAGAUAACAACGUAAACCUUAAUAUGGAUAUUAUAAUUAUGGUAUUAAAUAUCUAAGUUUUCGAAGGGUAUUAUUAAUAACCUUAAUAUUGGCAAUCUAAUAGUGGUUUCUAUUAAUAAGAAUAAUACUAGCAGUAUCCAUAUUAAUAAUAUUAAAACAAAUAUUAAGAUUCGACAGAUUAAAAAUAAAAUAAUAAGAAAGAAAUCUAAUAACCUGUAAAUUUAGAGGAUAAAUUUGAAAUGUAAUAAAAUAGAAAAUAUAAAUAUGAUAAAAAGAAAAGAUUCAAUAAUCGUAAUAACUAAUAGAUUGAGUAUGUUUAAAAGUAUCAAUAAGAAACAAUAGUAUAGUAAAACAUAUGA